AUGCUUAAGAUAUGCUUAUCCACCGAUGUCAACGAAAGUGUGGAAGGUCUACAUGGUUGUGAUCGCAACGCCAUUUGUGAUAACACUGUGGGUUCCUACAACUGCACAUGCAGACCAGGACUAAUUGGAGACGGAAGAAACAGCUGCAUAAGUACAAGUAAGGAUAUAAACCACUUUGUGUGGAGACGUUGUUAGAGGGAUAAGCUAGAAAUUACUGCUUACGAUUGUACAUUUUGACUACUACACUAGUGGUGGAAUUUCUUUUUUAAUUGUUCCACAAAUCGCGCAAGAAUUAUGCACUUUCGAACAACAAUCAUCAUUUUAUCGCUCGUGACUAAUAUUGUCACACAUACUUACCUAAAACCAGUCAGGAUGCGUUUCGUUUGUGGUCAAGGAAUUCUAGAAUUAAAAGAAACUUAAGGAAAAACAACAAGUGGGAAAUGGCGACUGCCUUCCCUUAUCAUGUACAUGUAUAGUCCGAAAGAAUAUUUUCUCUACAAACGAAGAGCAGCAUCUUAAAAAUUAUUACAAAAUAGUUUUUCAUUGGCUCUGUUCAAUCAGUUAACUCACAUUGGUAGGAAGAUUAUGCCUUUCAUUUAGGUAAAAAAACCGCAUUUCCUUCUUUAGGUUACUCUUGUGAGAAAAUUCGGAACGCAAGUUCCCAUCUUAAAGACGGGAUCGCUCUUAAGAAUAACGGAAGUCUUUUAAAGGCCUACUGUGAUAUGACAACCGAAGGAGGUAAGGAAUUGAUGUUAAGAAAAACUGAUAACGCUAACGGUGUUUUUUUACUUCUGCACAAACUGUCCUUCUAUAGUAAAUGGAGUGCAAUAUUAUUUUGCUCAAUCAAGAAUUUCAUUUUAUUUAAUUUCAUUUCUUUUUUCUAGGAGGUUGGCUUCUGGUCUCCAGCGUUGUCGUCGGCAACUUAUCCUCGCUACGGUAUUCAUACCGUGAAAUAAGCAAUUGUCCCAACAAGUCGUUGUUACUCACGGUAGAUGCCAUGAAGGAACUGAGGACACACUCGUCUUUCACUCAGUUGAGAUUCCACUGCAGCAAAAACAAGGGACGUACUUUCCAUUUGACCACGGCUGCUAACAGCAGUGGUGAAGCAGUAGUACAAUACUUCAGUGGUCAGACAGAUGCCAAUCCGAAAGCAUGUGGCUCGUUUGUGAGGAUGAAGGAUGACAACUCGAAGUUAGCUGCCUAUUAUAAUCAGUGGGGUAAUAAAGAGUGGGGAUACUUUCGUAGUGGAAAAAGCAGAUAUCGAAUCGUUGCUUUUGUCCCUUGGAAAUAUAUGUGGAAUUUGUAUGGGAGCUCAAGAUGGGAAUGUGACGACUACAGCUUCAGUGAUGCAGAAUAUUUUGGAUUAUCCGCGAGUGACUUCUAGAGGGUUUUUUGUUCGUUAAGGCCAAAUACAACUAGUAACUAAACAGUUCUCACUGUCUUGAAAAAAAUCAACGGCUGACUAUGAUCAGUGUCACCUUUUUCCGUUUUUAGUUAGAACUAUUAGUUCUAGCUCGUGUCAAGCUAGUGCUCUCAUUAUCUCUCGAUAAGCGUUCAAUAGAGCUUCAUGUUUUAAAAAACGUGAAUACCACAGUCUAAUUCUCAAGUACCUGC